CUCAAGCAGCAACAGAGGUGGAGGAACGAAAGGUGGGCGCAGGUGAAUGCAGGCUCUCCAGCUGCUAAAGUUCGUUGAUGCUGCGGAUGAUGGCAUUGUGCUAUUGAUUCUCAGGUGCUUGGGCACCGCCGCUUUGGUCCGGCUUGCAUCCACCUCUGCUUUUAUUUCUUCCCGCUUGGAAGAUGGCAGACCAUCCGUUCUGCAUCGUUAUGUUGCUGAGUUGCUGGCCUUUAGAUGCCCAGCUCCAGCCUUGCAGAAAGGCCCUUGCGCGGCGCUGCGUGCGCUCUGUGCAGCAGGCAGUGGACGAGGUCACUGCGAGGUACUGGGUCUGGCCUUGCUGUUGUCCAACUCCGAAGCGAAUGAAGAUAUGGCGCGAAUGUUCCUGGACGCCAUGUUCCGCUGGGAGCUGCACCAACGACAACCCGCGCCUGUCAAGUUUCAGGACUUGAAGGCUCGGCAAGCUGUUGAGAUCCUCCUCACCUCCUUGUUUGAUCCAAGAACCGAAGUGGGGUGCAAGCUCUUGACGAUCACAGCCCAGGCCGUUUGCCAAGCUGAAAAGGAUCUGGACACUUUAAUUGAGGCUCAAGCAGAAACCUUGUUGUCCUACUGCGGUCAGGGCUACGAGGCCACCGCUCGUCGGAGAUCUGCGGCAGAGUUCAUCCGGCGCCGGGCACAACACGCGCGGCCAGGACCUCCCUCGAGCCCUGCAGGUGAAUGCAGUGAGCAGCACGUGGCCACCUUGGAUUCGGCAAUUGAGUCCUUGGACCAGACCAUUUGGGGCUAUAACCAGGAGGGCUAUACCCUGGCCUGCCCGCAGAUGGUGGGUUUCCGAUCCUUGCGGAGGAUGGAUCUACCCUACGAACACUGGUGGGUUCGCUUGGAUGGGCCAGCCAUCCGCCGGCCCCUCUGUACAUUCCUCGUUCCUGCUUCAAGUGCUUCAGUUCAAGAGCCAAGCGUGAGCAGCUAAAUGGAUAUUAUACUGACUUCACGCCAAGUCAUCCUCAAGCUCUAAGCAACGCUUUCUCCCAUAGACGGAGCAUGCUUUGUAUUGUUUCCACAAUGCCUCCAAAGAGUGCUUUGUGUCCUAGUGAAGUGGUGACCGGCACAGCAGUCUGGCGCAUUUGUUCAAGGAUGUUGCUGCGGUUGUUCUUUGUGCAACAUACGGCAUAUGGGUUGGCCCAAAAUUGGGCAC